CCGGCUAUGAGGUGACACCGCCGCUGCAGCUUUGAUUGUAUGAAGUCCGUUUGUAAAGUCGCUGUUGAAUUAAUCAGAUCCGGAAGAGCUCACAGUUCAGCCUCAGCUCGUCCGCUCGGAGGAGACAUGUGCAAAGAGCUCAAGACCAAAGUGCUGCGUCUGCUGCCGCCGACCUCCAAUGGGCCAUGUGUCCGUCAGGAGAGCCAAACAGAUGGUGCUGAAAUCCUGAGUUGUACAGCGAAGGCUCUGAAGGAGGGUCACGUGGUCGGCGUGCCCACAGACACCAUCUACGGCCUGGCAUGUCUGGCCCAGAACUCUGAAGCCGUCAGAAAAACCUACGACAUCAAAGGCCGAAAUGGACACAACCCGCUGGCCAUCUGUGUAGGAGAAAUCCAGGAUAUCUAUAAGUACUGUAAGGUGAAGGUGAAGGAAGAGCUGCUACGUGACCUGCUGCCCGGUCCCGUCACUCUGGUGCUCGAAAGAUCCGAAGUACUGAACAAGGAUCUCAACCCCUUUACUUCAAUUGUCGGUGUUCGUAUCCCAGACCAUGUCUUCAUGAGACGCCUUUGCCAGAUGUGUGCCGAACCACUCGCUCUUACCAGCGCCAACAUCAGCUCACACACCAGCCCCUUGGCCGCGCACGAGUUUCAGGAGCUCUGGCCCAAACUAGCAGUGGUCGUGGAUGGCGGACCAAUAGGAGACCAGAGCCGCCUCGGAUCAACAGUGGUCAACCUAUCGGUUCACGGCAAAUACAGCAUCAUCAGACCCGGCUGUGCUCUUUCUUCUACGGUUGAUGUGCUGGAGCACAAAUAUGGACUGUCAGAGGAGCCAUGGGAAGAUGGACCUUUUGAAAUCUCCACACGCUGAGACGCACACCAAGUGUUGACCGUUGACGAAUGCUUUUCAUGUUCACGUGGAACAAUGAGUUUUUCCCGAGAAGGACUAGAACUCAGGAACGACUCGACGGCUGACGUUCUGGUGGCUGAUUUAAGGACUGGAGUAACUCUUUUCCUUUAUGCGUCUUCUAUCUCGGGAUUAUGUGGGAUCUUGAAGCGUCACAAUUCUCUACCGUCUAUUUAGAAAGGAGGUCAGAUUAACAGAAGAUACAAUGGUGUGAGAUAUAUUUUAAUGUUUCUAUCAUGGUUAGAAUUGUCAUAGGGUUCAUUUUAUGACCUAAAUGUGAUAACAUAAGGGAUGGGAGGAGUUCUAUGACUUGCAUUGACUAUACAUCAAACUUGAGUCCAGAACUAUAUUUUAUUAUCUCAUGAAUCUCCUUUAUUUAUUUUAUCCACGUCAUUUUAACGUGUGAGGCUUGCACGAUUCGUCUCCUGCGACAGUUACAAAAGCUCUGUUUUAUGUUGGAGCCUAACCUACAUUCACAAGUUUGAAAAUACUUUCUUCUCUCCAUUUACAAGUUAAGAACUGCAGCAUUUUCUAAAUUCGCAUCGCCUGUAUUGACUUGUUUUGAUGGAUUGCGCAACCACAAUAAAAGUUGUUUUUUUUCAGUAUCUGAGUGUUAUUAUUGCAUCAGAAAAUUGUUGAGCCAUACCUCUGUCUUUAUUUUUAGGUGUCUGGAAGUUAAGCAUCUGAUAUUUUUCUUUUUUUUAAAGAGCAGAAACCACUUUAAGUGCCCGUCUCAACCAAAGAGCAUAUUUUUAUUCUCAAAAAUGCCAGUUUGAAAGUACCUUUUUACUUUAAUAGACAGCAUGAUUUCAUCAAAUGAAUAUAGCAGAGUGCUCCAGUAAUUGGUGCGUUUUUAUUCAUAUAGCCUCUUCAAAACAUUGAGCCUCAACCUUAACACUUAACUGAUUCUAUUUAGUUUUCACUUCAGUGGCAGAAGGUGGCGCCCACCAUUAACAUUGAUUGACGUAACCAGAAUGUUGCCGGGCAGCCAGCAGAGACUCUAGAAAGUCACUGCAACCGGCCAAGAAAUUGCAAAAACCCUAACAUGUAAUUUUUACACAAAUGAGGUAUAAUGUGUUAAUAAA